CGUCAACAGUGAAAUAAAAUCAAUAAUGUUUUUUUUACAUUAUUAUUAGUUCUAAAACAAAAAUAAUAAUACUUUCCUUAAAAGGCAUAAAUGAUUAUACUUCAUUAAUAUAGAAGAAAUUAAACGUGUUCGGAUCAUAAGAAUCAAGAAAAAGUAUAAUUUGGCAAUUUAUUUAGAAUAUUUUCAAUAAUCAGUCUAGACCUUUAAGAGCGGAUUAUUUAAGACAAAAAUGUCAAUGCCAAUGAGUAAUAUAAAUCAAGGAGGCUACGUUCCACCCGGCUAUGCGCCUAAUGCUCCUCCUGCUCCAGGAAAUUAUAAUCCAGGCGCACCGCCACCAGGCAAUUACGGAUUUGUACCUGGACAACAGCCGCAAGGUUACGCACCUGUACCUCAAAUGCCUUACGGUGAAGUGCCAUUUGGUGGUGGAACACAACCACCAUAUGCAGGACAACCUGCUUACGGUGGGGCACCACCACAACAAAUGCCCUAUGGUGGAGGACCACCACAGCAGUAUAAUGGAGGUGGUGGUUUUCAGCCUGGAUAUGGUGCACCACAAGCUCCAAUUGUAACUCAACCAGGUCAACCUAUGCCACCAGGUCAACCAAUGGGACCACCCGGCGACUGGAUGAGUAUACCGCCCGGCAUUCCGAAUUGUCCGCGCGGUUUGGAAUACCUUACUAGUAUAGAUCAACUGUUAGUUAAGCAAAAAGUCGAAUUAUUAGAAGCUUUUACCGGUUUCGAGACAAACAAUAAAUUCUCCAUUAAAAAUGCUCUCGGUCAAAAGGUCUAUUAUGCCGUCGAAGAUAAUGAUUGCUGUACCCGAAACAUGUGUGGUCCGGCACGUCCAUUUGAUAUGAAAAUUUUUGAUAAUUUCCGCAAUGAAGUUAUACACGUACAUCGACCAUUGGCCUGUUCAAGUUGUUUGUUUCCAUGCUGUUUACAAUCAAUGGAGGUUUCCGCACCACCCGGCAACGUUGUCGGUACCAUCGAACAGGAAUGGAGUCUCUGUGCACCAGCAUUUAGAAUUAAAAAUCAUAUUGGUGAUACUGUUUUACGUAUUGAAGGUCCUUUCUGUACAUUUUCUAUGUGUGGUGAUGUGGAAUUUAAUAUUCUUUCCUUGACUGGUGAAAAUAUUGGCAAAAUUUCCAAACAAUGGUCUGGAUUGGCACGAGAAAUAUUUACUGAUGCCGAUUUCUUUGGUAUAACUUUCCCCUUGGAUUUGGAUGUGCGUAUGAAAGCUGUGCUUUUAGGUGCAACAUUCCUUAUUGAUGCCAUGUUCUUUGAAAAAUCCGCUAAUAUUGAAAGUGAUCGUCCCGGAAUGCUGUAGACAGUUUAAAUUUUAAACUUUAAAACCAUAAAUAUUAUUUCUUUUUAUUAUUUUCUUAUUAAUUUUUAUUUUAAUUAACUUUCAUGCAUAUACAUACAUACUAUCUACAUACAUGAUUAUGUAUAAUUUAUUUAUAUUUUUAUUUUUUUGUAUUUAAAAGUAUUUUUUAUCAAAUGAAAUAUAACUACAGUCAACACCAAA